CCUCCUGUCAGAUGGGCUGGUUAAAUUCAGCGUCAGACGACGCCUGGAACGAGCCCAAUCCAAGGCCCACAACUCCACAACUCCACAAGCUUCCUGUCCAGUCUCCACUCGCAAACCCUUCUCGCCGCCAUUCCUUCCCUUCCCCAAAGCCACCGCAAUCUUUCUCCUCCUCGUCGGCGGCGGCUGCGAAUUCCGACUUCAUAUUCUCCGAGACUCCGAUGGCCACCAAAUCACAGAAGAAGAAGAGGCCUUCCGGGCCUAAUCCUUCUAUCAAAUCCAAGGCCUCGUCCUCCGACCAAAAACCUAAGCCUUCGAAACCCACGGAGGAGGAGAGGGAGGAGAAAGCGGCGGCGGCGGUGGCGGCGGAGAAGCCGAAGAAGAAGAAGGCGACCAACGAGAUCGACAAGAUCUUCCAGGCCACCAAGUCAUCCGGCAAGAAGCGCAAGCAGCAGCAGCAGCAGGGGGAGGAGGAAUCUGUGCGAGCCAAGAAGCCCAAGGAGAGGUCCGAGGGGGCCAAGAAGAGCAAUAAGGCUAAGAAGGGUAGCAAGGGCAGGGACACGGACGACGACGACGAAGUCGAGGAGAAGCGGCCGCGGCGGCGCACGGCGGACGGGCUGGCGAUAUACUCCGCCGACGAGCUCGGGUUCGGCAAGUCCGACGCCGGCGGCACCCCGCUCUGCCCCUUCGACUGCGACUGCUGCUUCUGAGCUUUUUCCCGGGGGUUUUCCUGUGCUCGAGGUGAUGUUCUUAUGUCAAAUCCUUUGUAUGUUUGUAAUGCUUGAUGGAUUCUGUUGGGAACAUGCGCUUAGAUUUGUGCUCUAAUGGAAUGAAAUUUUGGUUCGUGUUAUUGAUGAUACUGGAUGAUAACUUGGGGGGACCUAUCUACCUCUGUUUUACAUCACUUCUUUGUGGUGCUAAUGCCAUGUCAAAUCUCUAUGAAUAGAGGAUGGUGUAUUCUUACAGCAAAGAAAGAUGGAUACUAGUUCACAGGAUCU